AUGUCCUUGGUUGCAGGUGUAGUUUUAGGUACAGCGCUUGUUUGCAUUAUUGCCUUCUUACGUUAUACGCUAUAUUUGACAAGUAGAAAUAAAAGAGAGAGUCGAGUUAGACUUGAAAAGUUUUUGGAAGACUACAAGGCCAUCAGACCAACACGAUAUACUUAUGCUGAUAUUAAGAAGAUAACUGAUGAUUUUAAUGAAAAGUUAGGAGAAGGGAGUUACGGAACUGUAUACAAAGGCAGACUUUCCAGUGAAAUCUAUGUUGCAGUAAAAGUCCUACGCGAUUCCAAGGGUAAAGGGGAAGAAUAUAUCAAUGAAAUCGGCACAAUUGGGAGAAUCCACCAUGUUAACGUGGUCCUCUUACUUGGUUUUUGUGCUGACGGAUUCAGACGAGCUCUGAUCUACGAAUACCUACCAAAUGAUUCACUUGAAAGGUUUAUUUUACCAGUGAGCUCAAGUACGGGUAGUGUCUCAGUCAUCAGCUGGAACAAGCUUCAACAUAUUGCUCUGGGUACUGCAAGAGGGAUUGAGUAUCUUCACCAGGGAUGCGAUCAGCAAAUCCUGCAUUUCGAUAUCAAACCACAAAACAUCCUUUUAGACCACAACUUGAACCCCAAAAUAUGUGAUUUUGGCUUAGCCAAACUGUGUUCUAAAGAAAAAAGUGCGAUCACUAUGACAGCUGCUAGGGGUACCAUUGGUUACAUUGCACCAGAAGUGUUGUCAAGAAACUUUUGUAAAGUUUCUCAUAAGUCUGAUAUUUAUAGCUUUGGGAUGCUCUUGUUAGAAAUGGUUGGUGGGAGGAUAAAUAUGGAUGCUAAGACGAAUAACCAUUGCAAAGUGAAUUCUUUGGAAUGGAUAUAUAGACAUUUGGAGAAAGGGGAAGAAUCGAAGAUUCGGAUAGAGGAAGAAGGAGAUGCUACAAUUGUGAGAAAAAUAGCUAUUGUUGGACUUUGGUGCAUACAGUGGCAUCCCGUUGAUAGGCCUUCAAUAAAAGAAGUUACUCAGAUGCUGGAAGGAGAUGGGAGCCAUCUUAACUUGUCCCCAAAUCCUUUUAUGGCUACUGAUAAGCCUAAGUUAAAUGCAAGUCCUCACGGUGAAGAUCUAGACGUGAUAUUAGAAAUUAAAUAACACUUCAAAGUCAUUUGUAUAAUGAAAAGGAAUUAGUGUAAGAAUUGCAAAAGUAUUUUGUUUCAUAGUAAUAAGGAAGCUGAAUGAUACACAUUUAGUCUUAUUUCUCGAUUUGUAUGCAUUAGAUCCUUACAUUGAAACCAAAAGAAAUGUCAGUUGUUUUCUCAAGGCUUUUCCCAAUA